AAAGUGGGAGCAAAGUGAAUCGUAAUUUAUUUAAACAACAAUAAUAAUAUAAAUAAUAUAAUGCACUGGCAUGUGUAUCUCUUGCUGGGAUUUUGUGGCUUCCAGCUGGGAGGUGCCGCCUCUGUUUACGACUCCACCGGACGGUUGAAUCUCAGUGCCAGUUGUCCGGAUACCUUUUGCCAUGUGAAUGAUCAGCUGGUGGCCUACUCGAGCACUCCGGCCCUUAAAUUGCGGGAGCUGCACUUGACGAACUGCAGCCGCCAGACGGUGCCGUGGCUUGUGCUCAACCUGACGCCGGGACUCCGGACGCUUGUAGUCAGGAACUGCGCCAGCUAUCACAUCAGAAAAGAGAGCCUGAGGCCGGUGGCGAAUCUCACGUCGCUUCAGAUGCAACGCACGAGUCUUGGAGUGCUCAGGGAUGAGCUGUUCACCACGGUGCCCCGCCUGGAGAUUCUUGAACUGGGUCACAACACCAUACACACAGUCCACAGUGCGGCCUUUACGGGCUUAGCCAAGCUCCGAUUUCUGGGACUGCAGAGCAAUGGUAUCCAGGAGAUUCCGGCCAAGACCUUUGAUCCCCUGCCCAAUCUUUGGCAUCUGGAUUUGAGUGGCAAUCAGCUUACGAACUUGCGUGAGGAUAUCUUCGCCAAGAAUGCCCAACUACAAACCCUAAUGUUGAAUGGCAACCACCUGACGACCCUUCUUCCAGGAACAGUGGGCUCCCUUCCGAAUCUCCGGCUGCUCGAUCUGGGCCACGCUGGAGAGCUGGACAACCUAAUGAUGACUCUAAGCAGCAUCCAGAGUCUUAUAUUGGAGGACAGCAAACUGAGCGGAUUAGUCAUCAGUGGAAGUGUUAUCAGGUUGCACGCCGCAAAUAAUGAGCUGAAUCACAUCCAACUGGGCAACAAGAGCUUGGUUGUGGAGAUGGAUCUCCGAGGCAAUCUGCUGGAUGGAAGUGCUAUCGCUGUCUUGCUCCGAGGGAUGUGGAACUUGGAGAGACUGGAUCUGUCCAAGAAUAUGAUAGAGUCAUUGCCUAUGCAUGGCAAUGGGCCGAACGACGGUCCGUACUCUCAGGAGCUCUUCCUCUUGCCCAGACUGAAGUACCUUAACUUGGCCCACAACCGAGUGGUGCGAUUGCCUCCGGACUCGCCCAUUCUGUCGUCACAUCUCAAGAUCUUGGACCUGUCCCACAACCUAAUGCUGACCUUGGAGGUAGAGAGUUUGACGGGUCUGCCGGAUCUGGAGAGCCUGUUUCUGGAGGGGAAUCGCCUGAGUUCCUUCGACUAUCAGGUCUUUCAUCAGCAGCACGAAAGCCUCAAAGAGUUGGGCUUGGGUAUGCAUGACAACUCCUGGAGACCUGGUCUGUACCACAAGAUGUACACUUACCUCAACGAUCGAGGAGUUCACCUGCAGGGAAACACACCGCAAGCGAGCAGCGGUCAAGUGGAGGUGGAUUGGCCACCCACUGAAGGUCAAGCUGAGGCCCAGAAACUGGAUCGAGUAGGAGUUUCAGGAAUACAUCCCUAUUGGACGCUGAGAGAUAUCCUGGCCUUUGUCACCCUGCUGGUGGUUUUGGCCAUUCUUUUGAUGAAUCUUUACAAUAUCCUGGAGGAGGAGGGCUGCUUACGGAGACUUCGGCGCUGGAGAAGGUCAAAUGUCCCGGGAGGAGCCACAACUGCGACCAGGACUAGUGCCCGUCGCCUUAACGAACAGGACUCCGAACCCAGCUCCAGCGAAUAGAUGGGAAAUCUGGCCAAGUGGAAUCGCAAACCAAAAAUAAAUGGCAGUUUGAUGUCAAUUCAGCGCUAGUGUUUUCUCUUUUCUGAAAGUGUUGUUGCUGCUGACUAACUUGUUUGUGAAUAUUAAAUGCUACCCUAUAAUAUUA